AUGUCUUUCACAUCGAGCCCUGGCUUUACGCCUUUGGCCUCACCAGCGACCUCCGUCUGCUCCGCGCCACGAUCCAUACAAUCCGUUACCAGCACGCGCAACGCAACUUCGGCGCCGAUAGCCAUCUACCAUACACCUUCUCCCACCACCAACUCGGCAUCGCAUGAAUACUCGUCAUCGAUGCUCAACAAGUCGAACAGCACUUCACGACCAAGCGCUUAUGUCAGCGACGAAGACCUGCUCGGCGAUGAUGAAGUGGAAUGCCUCCGCGAGGCCCCUCCACCACCACGCACGGCAGAACACUGGACGGCCGGUGUUGCGCGGCCCCUGCUGCCGCCGGUGGUGAUGUCGAAGCCCCGUGUGACUUUCCAUCAUGGCCAUGGAAGGCGCAGAUCGUCGGUGUUGAGCAUUAAGAAGCGGGGGUGA